GUGAAACGAGAGUUUAUGUUGCGUCUUCGUAUAUUUGGGCUCGUUUCUUCGUCCGCCGUCGAGACUCGGAUAAUGAAAGAAGUUAAUGAAUUAUACACUGUACGGCCAGCGACGCUGUCAAUAUUCGAGUUGUCCAGACCUGUUGACGACUUCAACCUGGGUGGGAAGAGAUAGAGAAGGGACGACUCAUGUACCGGAGCCGUGUUCGUUGCUCCGAGAGCAGCUAAUGGCUGGGACGGUUGUUGGCGUGUAAAAGCAACACAGCGGGAGUUCUGCCGCCAGAGGAGGCUGUUUAUUGUUAAGCUGGAGUAAUCAGCACAGUUUCUCCUUGAGCAGGAGAAGUGAUCCUUAGUAUGGACCUGGAGGAGUCAGAGCAUCCUGGCGUAAAAAAAGAAAAAAAGGAACUGUGUAUAACACAGGUGGCCAAUGAUGUCGUUGCUGUGACUGUGAAGAGUGAAGAUGUUGAUGGAGAGAGCUCAGAUUUUCCACAGUAUCAUCAUCACAGCAACAAAAAACACUGUCUAAGACCAGAACCAGCAAGGAGUGGACAUUUAAUAUCAGACUACCAGCAGCCUGUAAUCAAAGCAAAAUUGUCUUCUGGGCAGCAGGAGUGGAACCUCAGUUUGGACAAGCCACAGAAUCCACACAUUAAAGAGGAACAGAACGAACUAUGCAUCACACAGGAAGAGAAUGACAUUAUUGCCGUGACUGUUAAGAGUGAAGAAACUGAAUUGAAACCAGAAUUCUCACUUAUUCACCGUGUAGGACUGACGAAAUCAGGCUCCGACGGAUGUUCAGUACAAGGUACCGAAGAUGAAACUGAAGUUUCAUCUGAGAAUGAAGAAAGUGAAGAUAACUGGAAAGAGAUUGGUGAUCCACUAAUAAUCCAACCGGUAAAAAAUAAAACAGCUAGCCUUUCUGAGUGUGACAGAACAUUGACGAGUCGGUCGUAUCUGACAAAACGCAUCACCAAAACUGUAGCGAAACCUUUCUCUUGCUCUGUUUGUAGUAAAAGCUUUACAGAAAAACGUUAUCUGAAGAAACAUGAUAAAAUACACACAGGAGAGAAACCAUUUGGUUGCUCUGAGUGUGGUAAAAGUUUUGCUGAAAAGAGCAGUCUGAGGUCUCAUAAAAAGAUUCACUCAGGAGAGAAACCAUUCCUUUGCUCUGUGUGUGGUAAAAGUUUCAUCAAAAAGAGCAAUCUAAGAAAACACGAGAAAAUCCAUACGGGCCAGAGACCGUUUAGUUGCUCCGUGUGUGGCAAAAGAUUUAUUGAAAAAAGUGACGUGAGAAUACACGAAAAAAUUCACACUAAAGAAAAACCAUUUACUUGUUCUGAGUGUGGUAAGGGAUUUGUCAAAAAAUGUCAUCUGAUCUCGCAUGAAAAAAUUCAUACAGGAGAGAAUCUCUUUAGCUGCUCUGAGUGUGGUAAGAGUUUUACGGAAGAGAACAGUCUACGGUUACAUGAAAAACUGCAUACAGAUGAGAAACCGUUUACCUGUACUCAGUGUGGCAAAAGUUUCAUCCAAAUGGUUCGGCUGAGGAAACAUUUAAAAAUUCAUGCUAGAGAGAAACCUUUCACUUGCUCUGUGUGUGGGAAAGGUUUUACUGAAAGGAGCAUCCUGAAGUCACAUGAAAAAGUCCACACUGGCGAGAAACCAUUUUGUUGUUCACAGUGUGGAAAAGGAUUUAUUCUAAAGAGUGAACUGAGUAAACAUGAAAAAAUCCACACUGGAGAAAAACCGUUUAGUUGCUCGGUUUGCGGUAAAAGUUUUAUCAAAAAGAGCAACCUUACAUCACAUGAAAAAAUUCACACUGGAGUUAAACCAUUCAGUUGCUUAUUGUGCUGCAAAAGUUUCACGGCCAAAAGCAGCCUUAAGUUACAUGAAAAAAUCCAUACGGACGAGAAACCGUUUAGUUGCUUAGUCUGCGGCAAAAGGUUUGUCCAAAAGAUUCACCUUAAGAACCAUUUGAACAUCCACGCUAGAGAGAAACUGUUGAGUUGCUCAGUGUGUGGUAAACAGUUUACGGAUCACGAUAGUAAGAUGUUGCACAUGUCAGUCCAUACAGGGGAAAGUUUCUUAAAAUGUGGAAAUACUGAAUCAUCUGAGCCUCGUUCCAGCCUGAGUGGAGUGUUCCAAAAAAAAGCAACUAGAAACUUAAGUGAACUACAGAAAGACAGACUUGUUUGAAAAUGAAGGAUGAAAAGUUUCUUCAGUAUAAACAACACAGUUACACAAAAAUCAAUUCAUGUUCAGAGGUAAAACUGUUAACAUUGUGUAUUCUACUCUGUAUGAAGACAUUUUUCUUUGCCACAAGGACAGUGUUGUAAUUUAUCUACAUUAUUGUAGAUUAAAGAAAUCGCAGGCUUUUAAGAUUGA